CAUUUUACCCACAAUUCAGCGGCAUUCUUGUAGCGAAGGAAAACCAUCUGGACUGAAAAUGUUGCUGCGACAGUAAUCAACCAACUAAAGCUUACUCACAGCAUACAAGCAUUGGUGAAGAUGCUAUCGACGUGAAUGUAAAUUUGAACAGUUUACCUGCUUGCAUUAACACCAAUCACCAUGACGUCUGAAGCUGCAAUACACAAAAGAAAUUUAGAUAGUGCCAUCCUGUUUAUGCAACAAGAACAUGCAGAAACAUUAAAAGGCUUACACAAGGAAAUUGAAAAUCUUCAGAAAAAAUGUUCAGAGUUAACGUUUCAGUUGAAUAUGCAAGGAAUAGGAGCAGAUUUUCUAGAUCCAGGUUCAAAUUCUAAAUUAACUCAAGUAGAAGACAAUCUCAAGAUACAAACCCAAAAGUCAAAACAACUUGAGUCAGAAAUUGAGAAGAAAGAUAAGCAUAUCAAAGACUAUGAGAUCUCAUAUAAAAAACAAAAAAUGAAGUUUUUAGACGAAAAUCGUAAAACUUCUCAGGAAAUGGAUAGACUUAAAGCAGAAAAUGAAUCAAAAGCAAAUCAAGUAGCCUAUUUAACUAGUGAGCUUCAUAAACUUAAAAAAUUACAGUUAGAACACAGUACCGAGAGAAAAGCAUUUGUUGCCGAAGCUCAUAAAUCUGGGACCAAGGCUUAUGUAUCAGAAGCUAGAAUAUUACCAAUUCCGCCAAAAGAACCAGUAACAUUAAAGAUUAGAAGAGGUAAUAUUAGGCAUGUUAAACCACAAACAAAUAAGGAAGAUCUAGACAGGCAUCCAUUAAGAGUAAGCUCUGGAAGUUCAAGUACAAGGUCAGAAUCACCAACCAUAGAAAAGGCAAAACAGUUUUUACGUCCAGAACGGGAGCCUUCAAUAGAGGUCAAAGAACGACAUCCUCUUCCACCGAUCAGAUCCGCGCCGGGAGAAGAAAGAAGUAAUUCAAAACAUGUUUAUUUUCAAAAGAUGACGCCAGAGGCACAUCAAACACGAGCAAAGACACACAAAGUCAAAAGGAAAGAACAAGAAGUUAAACUUCUCGCGGUUGAAAAGGUUUCAGAUCAAUGGGCAUCACGAGCUCAAGAGUCACACAGUUCAGAGUACAAUUGAUCUAUAGUCCGUCCAAUUUAAUGUUUUAAAGUUUACAGCUUGUCUCAUAUUAUUCCAAACAAAAUGGAUGUAUUCUGAUUUUGAUAUGAAUGUUAAAAAGUUGUUAAGAAUCACUUGUUUUAUUUGUCUAUGUUUUAUUUUCACAGAAUGGUGCAUUUUAAUUGUGUUUAUGUUUUAAACAUAUUAAGCUUUGUAGAGAAACAAAAAAACAUCUUCUCAAUCGGUUAUUUUUGAAUCUGAAGUAUUCAUGGUUUAAUAUAUUUUCAGAUAAGAUCAAAAAGUGUUCACAUCUUCUGAUAAGCAUAUCCUUACUAUCAUACAAAUUCAAUAAAAUCUAAAUCAAUCAAAAUUAAAUAUAAGGAUAAGUUUUGUGUUGACCUUCAAAAUAUUAGUAUUUAUGUAUGAAUGAAAAUUUUGUACAGAACUUGUAUUUAAAUUGAAUGUGUUUGGCAUAUUCUUAUAAGCACAAAACUCAGAAGAAUAUAAAACCAGAAAUUGAAUUCAAAGAUCAGUGUUUUGGGAUUAUUUUUAAUGGAAACCAUUUUUUAUAUCAAUUUGUGCAUUCUACUUAGUUAAGGAGGUUACAUACAAGUUGUGAGUGAGAAAGUUAAAUUUACAUAAUGAUCAAUUUGUUUUCCAAAAACAAUCCUAUGGUAAUUUAUUCUAAACAAAAAUUGUUAAACACAAUUAUAACAGAAAAUUAUGUAUGACAAUAAUUUAAAGUUGUUCCAAGUAAAAUUGAGAAUUGAGUUGAUGAUGUAAUUUGACCUUAUGUGUGGCCUUGAAAUCUAUAAAUAGUAUGAAGAUUGAAAUUGCCAAAUGGUUAAUGUGUGUUCUAGUUGUCGUAAAUAAUGUGUUCGUAAUCAUUACAGUGUAGAAAGCCAUAUUGUAGCUUAGCUGGUCCUUAGAGGCUAAUCACUUAAGCCCAUCCAUAACGGCUUAUCACUUUAGCCCAUCUAUAAGGGCUAAUCACUUUAGCUGGUCCAUAAGGGCUUAUCAAGUUUUUUUGUAAGUUAAGUGCCAGUUUUUCGUUAUAAUUGAUAAUUGUAUAAAUAUAAUUUGUUAAUUGUACACUAAUUAAUAAGAAUUCAAAAGGUCUGAUUUCUGUAUGAAUAGCUAUGCAUAAAAAAAGGAAAUCAGAUUUGAAAUCAGACAUGGGUGAUUUUAAAUUUUUAAAGCUAUGAGUAUGAAGACAAUUUCAUGGAAUAAACAUGAUAAAUGGUUUUGGAGAGAAUUUAUUAUUACAAUUCUUAAACUUGAUCAAAUACCAAAGAUAUCUUUUGGUAGAUGUAUACACAUUGAUAUCUUAAGUCCAAAAUAAUGCAUCUAGAUAUUCCAGUAUCAAAUUCCGUCCUUUAUUCUAUUUUAAUUUGUUUUGUGUCAUUCUGUGAUAAACUUUAUUUUACAGGUUUUAGUAUACAUGUAUUUACUUUCUCAAUUUUUUCUCAAUUUCUUCUCUGUGAUGAAGGAAAAUUAGCUUGUGUUUAUACUUGUGUUUUGCUUCUAAGGGCUGUUCCAAAAAUAAUUGAUUGGAGGGAGUUAAAGGCUGUUUUUAAAUUAACCACCUGCCCUGCAUUAAUUACUGUGCAUUCAUUUAUUUUCGUGGUUUGAAGAAAAGCUGCAGUUUUGUGGAUAUUCAAUUUCCUUUUUCUGAUGAAGACUGCAUACAUUCCUUUAGAAAAUUUGCAAUUCGUUGAACAUUUGAAUUCGUGGUUCCUUUGAACCCAAGAAAUCCACAAAAAUCAGUAUCCAAUGAAUAGUGAAUUCACAGUAUUUACUGAUUUUUCUUUUCAAUUUUGUCCAGGCUUUGUUUCUAGGUCACUAAAAUUAUCACCAAACAUCAAGUUUUAAAUACAGUGCCUUCUGAUCCCCUGCAUAAAAUAUAUUUUGUAACAGCCCUUACAUUGUACUGUAACUGAGCAUGUUCGAUAUAUAUGUUGAGUUCAAAGUUCACCUUUAACUUAUAAUAAAAUUAAAAGUACUUUUAAAGAAAUGUUUUUGUUCAGUAAGCAUGGUAAGUCCAAACAAACAUUUUUGUCAAUUUAUAAUUUCUUUUAUUAACACAUUGUGCUUCUUUUUUAAUGUGAUGUUAGUUGAAGACCAACUUCAACAAUCAUUUUAUAAAAUUUUCCAUUUGAAGCAUAAUUGUAUAUAAAGUGACAUAUUAAAAGAUUUUACAAAGAUACUACUUAUGUAAACAUCAGUUUAGGAUAAAACUAGAACAUU